AACAGAGUCUCUAGCUACCAACCUUGUAUUGUUUUUGUACAUUCCCCUUUGGCUUUUCCCCUUCCCCUGCCUCACCCAUCGUCAAUGGCGGCUAAUUCCCUGGCGCCUUCCUACUCACCAAAUUCUUCAUGUUUCUUGCGUUCACGUCCGAAUUUAAUUCCUCUACCAGGGAGAACGAGUAUCAAUUUGAGAUUACGUAGACCCAUCCCGUCCAUUAAAUGGGAGAAUACAACGAUUACUGGUCAUGAUGUGGCGGAGAGGCAGAGAGGCGGCGGAAGGAGGCGGUGGUCGGUUAGGUGCGCGGCGGAAGGGAUGGAGAGGGGGAUGCUUAUGGGAGGAAGAGAAGCCGCCGCCGGUGAGAUUGCCGGAGCGUUGUCGACGGUGCCGGAGAGGUACACGGUGGUGGCUCUAACGGCGUUAGUGAUGUGCCUCUGCAAUGCUGACCGGGUCGUAAUGUCAGUCGCCGUCGUGCCUCUCGCCGCCAAGUUCGGCUGGUCCAGCUCCUUCUUGGGAAUUGUCCAGUCGUCGUUUCUAUGGGGUUAUAUAUUCUCGUCGCUAAUUGGAGGAGCAUUAGUGGACAAAUACGGAGGGAAGAAAGUGCUGGCUUGGGGAGUCGCCUUAUGGUCUUUAGCCACCGUCCUAACUCCAUUGGCCGCCAAUCAUUCGACCCUCAGUCUUUUAGCAGUUCGAGCCUUCUUCGGGCUUGCCGAAGGCGUCGCUCUUCCUUCCAUGACCACCCUCUUGUCCAGAGAGUUGAAGCUGAUCCAAGCUGGUAAAACCAACUCAUCAGCCGAUAGUAGUAGUAGUAGCAGCAGCCAACGUCCAUCACUGGGCCAGUUGCUGUCAAAGUUGCCCUCAUGGGCAAUCAUCCUUGCCAAUGUGACCAACAAUUGGGGAUACUUUGUUCUUCUCUCAUGGAUGCCUGUCUACUUCAAGACGGUGUUCAACGUGAACCUACAACAAGCUGCUUGGUUCAGUGCUGUUCCAUGGGGGACCAUGGCAUUUUCAGGCUACCUAGCAGGAGCAGCGUCAGAUCGACUUAUCAAAGUUGGGUAUUCUGUAACUUUAGUUAGGAAAAUCAUGCAGUCAAUUGGUUUCAUUGGACCUGGCUUAGCACUUCUUUGCCUCAACUAUGCCAAUACACCAACCACUGCAUCUGUCUUCAUCACAGCUGCCCUUAGCUUGAGCUCUUUCAGCCAAGCCGGUUUUCUACUCAACAUCCAAGACAUAGCACCGGGAUGUGCAGGGUUUCUUCAUGGAAUGUGCAACUCAGCUGGAACAUUGGCAGCAAUAGUGAGCACCAUUGGGACAGGGUAUUUUGUGCAGUGGUUGGGAUCUUUCCAGGCAUUCCUCACGUCUUUUGCGGUAGCGGUUCAUCUGCUCGGGGAUGGCGACGACGGAUGGACGGGGAAGAGAAAGGAUGGAGGCGGUGGCGCAAGGCGACGCGAUGAGGAAGGGAUCUGGGCAGUGGCGAGGAAGGGAUCUAGACGGGUGCGACGCGACGAGGAAGUAUCUGCAUGGCGACGAGAAAUGAAGGAAGGCGCCGGUCGUGAGGCGACGAGGAAGGGAGAAGGGCGGCGGCCGUUAGGGUUAGGGUUAGGGUGAGGGUCUGAGGGGAUUAUAGGGUAUCAGAGUGGGGUUAAGGGUUUUAUCUGUCUUUUUUUUAGGGAGGGCAAUAUAUGAGGGUUGGUCGAUUUGGGUCAAUUUUUUCGGAUAACCGCGGUUAAUAAUUGUCGGUUACUCGGUUAACCGAAACUUCUUAUUCUCCUCUGAGCACCGACCGAAGUAUCUUGGCCUCGAUUUUCUGUUAGCCGAAAACCGAUUGGUUCGUUUGUAACCGACGGUUAUCCGCUAACCAGAAAUCAAACUGCCAGCCCUAAAUAAAACUGUAAAUUGGUUUACACAAUGGUAGCCAAAUUAUAAUAUUAAACUAACC